AUGGGUGCGAAGGCUUGCAUUGGUUUAGCGGUGGCAACCAGUGCUCUAUUCAUCACCAUCACGCUUUUUUUUAUUGCAUCACUUUUCAACGACAUCAAUGGUUUUUACACUGAUAUGAUGGAUGAUAUAAAUCAGUUCAAGGUAAGGGUAAAUUUUAUGAAAUUCAGUUUUCCAUAUAAAAUUUUUUAUUUCAAAAUUUUGGCACAAGAUUUUGGGACAAAAUCUAAUGGUACUGAUAGAAAAAAAUGGUUUCUGAUGGCUUAUCUACUUCUAUAUUUAAGCAAAAAGGAAGAGCUCAAGGUGACAGAUGAAACAUGGCAUAAAAUUUUAAUCUUACGUAUUGGCUCAUCAUCAAAAGGCUAUUUGUCAGAUGGCCUUGAAAAUAUACUUACUCGCUAUAAACGUCAGACGUUUCCCGAACGUUGCAACUGCGAAGGCAGAAGAGCCAAAUGUCCUGCAGGCCCACCAGGUCCUCAAGGAGAUGAAGGAGAAAGCGGCCCAGAUGGCUUAGACGGGGAAGAUGGUCGACCGGGUGUUCCUGGAGUAACACUCGCAGCAACCUAUCAUAUACCAGGUGGAUGCAUUGAAUGUCCACCUGGACCACCUGGCCCCCCAGGUCCUCCCGGAAUAGAGGGUGAAAAGGGACCGAAAGGUCGUUGUGGCGAGAGAGGGCUAGCAGGUCCACCAGGAAAACCAGGUCAAGUUGGUCCCAUAGGUAAUCCUGGUCCACAAGGGCAACAAGGCCCCCUCGGUAAGCCCGGAAUCCUUGGAAAAGAUGGGAAAAGAGGAUCUGGACCUCCUGGUCCGAAAGGUCGUACUGGGAUACGUGGACCACCAGGAUUGCCAGGAAAAGAUGGCAAGAAAGGAACUGAUGGCGAACCUGGACAACAAGGACCAAGUGGCCGACGCGGAAGGGAUGGAAAGCAAGGCACACCUGGGCGACCUGGUUCACCUGGCAAGCAAGGCAUACCUGGCCCCGAUGCUCAUUAUUGUCCUUGCCCGAUGCGUUCUGCCAUUUAA